AUGUCGCUAAAUGCACACGACGAACAGGCGAUGUCCGCUGUCACGCGCACGAGGAGCAAGCCUCAAGUGACCAAGCAACCCAAGUAUACCAUUGCAGAAAACUCCAUGUACAAGAAAAAGCUCAAGGAAUGGCAUAUUUUCAAUCAUGAAUCAUCGAGUCAAUCUCAAAGUCGCAUGGACGGUCUGAAUACGCCACUCGUCAAGCGACGACGAUGUGCUGGGGCAAAGCCCCGGAUACUAGCAGAUUACCAAUCGGGGGCCGCAUUCUCAUGGCGUACGCAUGAUCUGGUGCUGGACUGGCCAACUGCAGAGCUGAAAGCUUUGGCCUGCAUGCUCUAUUCGAUAGGAAACUAUCUCAUGGGCCUCUUCGAUCAGAGCCGUCCAGGAGAGACUUCAUCUGGAUGGAAAGUGAACUCAUUUGGUUUGACGCCCCCACAGGGUCAUGAGGACAACUCGACAGAAUGGAAAGCGAUUGCCGAUCAAUGCCAUGGCGCCUCAACUUUGAUCAGUCAGGGAAAUGGCACACAGAAGAAGUGCCAAAUAACUCUUCUGAACAUUCUCAAAAGCAUCUACCAGCUUGCACAACAGGAGGAUCCCUGGAUACCUCGAAACAAUCACCUGGUCCGCCAUGUAAUUUCCAGCUUAGCAGGACUCUUCAUCAUUCGCAAAGGAUCCAGUAUGAUGGUAGACUGUCUCAACUCGUUACGCGUCUUCUCGCUCGAUAGAAUGAAGCUAGCUAAUGAACGGGUCUUUGGGUUCUGCACGGACUCAUUUCCGAAGCUACCCGGCGGAUCGCAUCCAGUGGUUCUCAUCAUGGUCGCUCGAUUUUUGAGAUACUGGCCCGCAGCGCUUGCUGAUCAUGUAUUGCCGAAUUACGGGACCCUCGUGGCCCGCUCCGGAACUGAUUUUGGGUCUUCUGAUGAGCGUACAAUUUUCUUUCUGACUGAGUACAUGUACGUUGCGUACUAUCAUGGGCAUAAUAUCACCUUGACAUAUCAGCUGGCUUCUGACCUUUGUCAGAGAUCUGAGGAACUGGGGCCUAUUCCACAAUGGGGGCAUGGUUGUCUAACUCCUCUCGCCGAGAAGCUGCGAAACGGCGGUCGGGAUUGCCAAACAAGGGCCUUACAGAUCCGGCGCAUGAUGGCCUACUGGUCUCGUGAGGCGGGUAACAGGGAGCGGGCUCAGGAACAGAGGGGGUAUGCUGAUGAAAUAUUCAACUCAAUGAGAGAACUCGGGGUGGAACAAGGCAAUUAG